AUGAGUUCAACAGGUUAUGGGCCCAGGAGCAAUGCUAAACUGCAAAGACUUUUAUUUGACGGAGAUGAAACAAAAUACGAGCUUUGGGAAGCGAGAUUACUUGGUUAUUUGCAAACCAUAAAAUUGAAGAAAACAAUUCUAUCGUCGGCACCACUUGAGGAAGAAGGCGACGAAGCAAAGAAUGAAGAGAGUUACGCCGAGUUAAUACAACUUUUGGAUGAUACUAGCCUGUCGUUAGUGAUGAGAGAUGCUGCUGGCGAUGGAAGGAAAGCCUUAAAGAUUUUACGCGACCACUACGCAAGCCAAGGUAAACCUAGAAUAAUAGCACUUUAUACUGAGCUCAGGUCACUCAAGAAAGGAACAAGCGAGACAGUGACAGACUAUCUAAUACGAGCCGAACGAUCGAUUAUGGCCCUGAAAAACGCUAAAGAGACACUUAGUGAUGGGCUUGUUAUUGCUGUGAUAUUAAAACGUUUACCUGACUCAUACAAACCCUUUUUUGUCCAUAUUACACAAAGUACAAGUGAAAUUACAUUUGCUAUGUUCAAGUCUCAACUGAAAAGCUUUGAAGAAACAGAGAAGUUUAAUUGUAAGCCAAAGACUGAUCAAGUAAUGAAAACUGAGUCUCCAUCGUUUUCUGCAUCCAGUUAUGUCACAUGUUAUGCUUGUGGUCCCAAAGGUCAUAUCAUGAAGGAUUGUCCUGACAAAACUAAGAGUGAAACAAGCAAGUGGUGCUCAUACCACAAGUCAACAAUGCAUAGUGAUAGUACCUGUCGAAGACAUCAACGAAAAGAUCAAGAAGCUACAAAAGUAAAACAAGCGACAUUUGGUGGCCAGUCCGGUGACCCAGGGGAUGAACACUCGUACACUUUUCAUGUGCAAGGGAGUCACCUUAAGCAGUCACAGUACAAAGCAAAUGGGAUGCUUGUUGAUACUGGAGCUACAUCUCAUAUUGUUACAAAAAAUGUAUUGAAACGUGUUGAUGGUAACUUUAACCAAACAAAGCAUUACAUGGAACUUGCUGAUGGGACACGUAGAAAUAAUGUGGCACUGAAACGUGGAGAUGCUGAAGUAUCAAUAGCUGAUGAAAAUGGAAAAUAUGUGAAAGCUGUUCUGAAAGACGCACUGUUCAUACCAACGUAUCCACAGGAUAUAUUUUGUGUUAGAGCAGCUACUUCAAAUGGAGCCAAAGUAAAGUUCUCACAAGAUAAAAACGAACUUCUCUACAAAGAUGGUACCACUUCAUUAUUGGAGGAACAUGAACACUUGUAUUAUUUGAACACUGUUAAUCAACUAAAUGAUGAUAGCAAUAUAAGUAGUUCAUAUGAUAAGGUAAGUCUUGCAUGCAGUAUUUACAAGUGGCAUGAAAUAUUAGGGCAUUGUAAUUUCGAUGAUAUAAUGAAACUAGAAAAUGUAGUCACUGGGAUGAAAGUUGUAGGGAAGGUAGAUAGGUCCAAGUUAGAAUGUGGUACAUGUACAGAAGGGAAGUUUGCAAAUUGUAGUAAUAGACCACCAGAUAGUCGAGCUACAAAACCCCUAGAAAAGGUACAUACAGACUUAGCAGGUCCCAUUAGCCCAGUGUCCAAAAAUGGUUUUAAAUAUUGCAUUGCAUUCACUGAUGAUUUUUCUGGAGCCAUUUUUGUAUAUUUCCUUAGAAAUAAGACUGACACCCUAUUAGCAACUGAGAAGUUUCUUGCAGAUUGUGUACCUUAUGGCCAGGUAAAGUGCUUGAGGUCAGAUAAUGGCACAGAAUUCAUGAAUGGUGAUUUCCAAGAUCUUCUUAGGAAAAGAGCCAUUAAGCAUGAAACUUCUUGUCCAAAUUCUCCCCACCGGAACAGCAGAAAGGUACUGGCGGACACUAUUUGA